AUGGCAAUAAUUAAAGCACAUUAUGAACAACAAUAUGUUACACCUACCAUAUCAGAAGUUGCAGUGCUAAUGGUUGGAAAUGGUGAAGAUCAAGAGCCUUUGAACUGUAAUAUAAUUUUUCACAAACAAAGUGGUGAUCUGCAACAAAUUUAUCAAUUUUAUUCUUUUUAUAGCCCAUUGCAUUAUGUGUUACUUUUUCUAUAUAAUAAGCCUAGAUGGCAUUCAAAUAUUUUUGCACAUAAGGUACUAAAUAAACAAUUAAAUAAUUAUGGUAAAGUUUUUGAUAAUUUAAACACCUCUGAAGACUAUUGUAAAGAAGAAAGUUCAAAACAUAUAACAAUGAUGCAAUACUAUGCAUAUCAGUUGCAAGUUCAUAGAUAUGAAUCACUAAAAACAUUUUCUCUUCACAGAACCAGUUGUCUGUUUCAGCAAUAUAUUGUAGAUAGUUAUGCAUGCAUUGAACAAAAUCAUCUCAAUUAUUUAAAUUCAAAUCAAAAAAAAAUCAGAGCUAAACUAUAUAAUAGAUUGCAAGAUGCACUUACAACUAAUAAUAAAUUUCCACAAAAUGGGGCUUGCAUUAGUCAAAGAAUUGUUCUUUCAUUAAGUUUUCUACUAAAACUUGAAGAAUGUAUUCCCAAAAUUAUACCUGAUACCAAUUAUAUAUCCUUAUCAACAGAAAUUAUACUUAAAUGUGAUAGCUCUCAAGGAUUAAUUGAUUUUGUAUUUCCAGAACUACAAAGAGCAAUUCUUGCUUCAAAGAAUAAAGAGGUUGACAUACUUAGCUCAGAAGUACUUUUUCAAUUUUCUGAUGAAGAAACAACAUAUUAUAGUGCAGAUUCUAUAGAUCAAAACUCUGAAAUAUAUAAUCCUAACUAA